AUGGCGACCUUUACUCAGCUCCAACAGCCAGAGCUGGAGCUCUGCUAUUUUCCAGACACAACUGCCAUCCCCGACGGAGGCUAUGGCUGGGCCGUAGUCCUUGCCGGUUUCCUCCUAACCUUCUGCUUCAAUGGCAUGAUCAACUGCUGGGGUAUCCUCCAGAGCGCGCUCCUCAACAGCACGCUUUCCCACGUGCCUACCUCGACGGUCUCCUUCAUCGGCUCUCUGAACCUCUGCUGCGGCGUGGCCUUCGGCGUGCUGGCCACAAAAUGUGGUCAGCGCUUUGGUUCGCGAUACACAGCCAUGGCGGGUAUCGCGAUGAUGGGCCUCGGUCUCAUUGCUGCCGGUAGCUGUACCUCGAAUGUGCCUGGUCUUUUCGGCACGAUUGGAUUGCUAGCUGGCAUUGGCAUGAAUGCUGCGUACACCAUGACUAACCAGCUACCGGUGCAGUAUUUCUCCGGCCGCCUGGGGCUUGCAAAUGGGUUGAUCAAGGUUGGCGGUGGCAUCGGCGGGACUGUCAUGGCCAUCGCGCUCGAGAAGAUGGUGCAGCGUGUGGGCAUAGCGUGGACGUUCCGCAUCCAGGGGCUAAUUACCGUCGGCAUGGGACUGCCUGCCGCCUGGCUGAUGAAAGACCGCGUUGCGCCCGUUCGCAAAGCGCCGUUCAUCGACCUCACGAUGUUCCGCAGCGUGCCGUUCAGCGCCAUGUUUGUGGCGGGCGCGAUUGGUACGUUUGCACUGUUCGUGCCGCCGUACUAUCUGCCUCUCUUUGCGCAGUCACUCGGCCUGUCUUCGACGACUGGUGCUGCUCUGGUCGCGGCGUUCAAUGCUUGUAAUGCGGUUGGCCGCUUUGCUGGAGGCCCUCUAUGCGACAAGAUCGGAUCUACGAAUACCUUUGUCAUCACCAUGACGCUGAACGCUGUCAGUAUGUUGGCGAUCUGGCCGGUGUCGAAUACACUGGGACCGCUCCUUGUCUUUGCUGUCCUGAACGGCGUAGCGAACGGAGCUUACUUUACCGUCUUCCCAACCGUCGUGGCCAGUAUCUUCGGCCCUGGGCGAGCAGCCGUUGCCAUGAGCAUGUCAAUCACGGGUUGGACGUUUGGGUACCUCCUGGGUGCACCUGUUGCAGGUUACAUUCUGCAGGCAUCGGGAGGACAAGAGAAGGCCGGGCAAGGCAACAUCGAUGUAUACCGCCCAGCAAUUUUCUACGCUGGAGCCGUAGCUCUCGUCUCGAGCAUGUUUGCACUGCUGGCGCGUCUGAAUAUCGCGAGGAAAGUUGCGAAACGAGUCUGA